UGUCGAUUGCUCAAUGGGAGAAUCACAAUUUGUCAUCAUUACGAAUUUAGAUAAAAAGUAAAAACUAAGUUUUCAUAAAUUUUGUGGUGUCGUAUAAAAGUAAUAUAUAAAAAUAGUUUUUGUUAGAUACGUUAUUGACUGAAGCGCUGUGUUACCUAGUGUAAUUUUGUUUUAUUGGGAAAUAAAUCUUAUGUUGUGCAGUGCUCCGGGAAAAUGAAUAACUUCACAAAAACACCGAAAACCACACCGAUUAUUGAAGACUAUGACAUUUCAAACACAGUUCUUGGACUCGGAAUCAAUGGCAAGGUGGUGGAAUGUCACGAGAAGAGAACACAAAAGAAACGGGCGCUUAAAGUUCUGCAUGACAGCGCAAAGGCCAGAAGAGAGGUAGAACUUCACUGGAGAGCCAGCGGUUGUAGGCACAUAGUGGAAAUAAUAGAUGUGUACGACAACACCUACGGCGGGAAACGAUGUUUGCUGGUUGUAAUGGAAUGCAUGGCCGGAGGCGAGCUGUUCCAGAGAAUACAAGACAACAGCGAGGGAGCAUUCACUGAACGACAAGCUGCCGAAAUAAUGCACUCCAUCUGCGUCGCGGUCCGACAUCUGCACGACUCCAACAUUGCACACCGCGACAUCAAGCCCGAAAACCUCCUGUACACAAGCAUGGAACCGAACGCACUCCUCAAGCUCACAGACUUCGGAUUCGCAAAGGAGACGCUAACACCCGCCGACACGCUCCAGACUCCCUGCUACACACCGUACUACGUUGCGCCCGAGGUUUUGGGUCCCGAAAAGUACGAUAAAUCGUGCGACAUUUGGUCUCUGGGCGUAGUGAUGUACAUUCUGCUCUGUGGGUUCCCUCCAUUCUAUUCCAACCACGGUCUUGCCAUAUCGCCCGGAAUGAAAAAGCGUAUAAGGCUGGGUCAAUACGACUUCCCUGAGCCAGAGUGGUCCAACGUGUCAUCGGAAGCCAAGAAUCUCAUCAAGGGAAUGCUGUCCGUGGACCCGGCCAAGCGCCUCACCAUACAUCAAGUAAUGGCCAGCCCCUGGAUCCGACAGUACACGCAAGUACCACAGACGCCCUUAUACACACACACGCUACUUCGCGAAGGGGGCGAGGCGUGGGCGGAUGUCCAAGAUGAGAUGACAAGAUCGUUGGCCACGAUGCGAGUCGAUUAUGAUCAAGUACAAAUCAAAGCGCUAGAACAUAGCAACAACACAUUGUUAAACAAACGGCGGAACAAGGUCGGAGCUUAGAUUUUAAGAUAUAGCUUAUCGUGCUACUUAAUUAUAAUUUGACCGGGUUUGUUUCUUAAGUCUAAGACUGUAAGAACAAUGGUUUACCCAACAAAAGGGGAGAAAUUACAAUCAUUCUGUUAUACUUAAUUAUUAAUUUAUUUACACAAAUAUAGUGCAAUACAUAUUGUGCCAAUUUUAAUGAAUUAAUCUGAUAAAACAACUUCGAUCGUACUUUGCUUCGUGGUUUGACAAUAAUUAGUUUACUUGUGUCAGAUUUAAGUUACGUUUGCCAUAGCAAAUAAAAAUUAUACCACAUAUAUAAUUAAUAGAAAAUAUAAAUAUGCGUUUUGUUCAGUAGAGUACACGAAAUUAUAUUUAAAUUCAUGUAUUUCUUUUAAAAUAGACUGACCUCCUGAUUUUUCUACUUAUUACUAGUAUCUAUAUAAACAAUAUUUAAACAUUAUAGUUACUCUAUGCUUACCUCCUGUUUCCUCUAGUUCCUAUUUUAACUAUUAGGUUGCUAGCGAAGACUAUCCGGCUCAAAGGACCAAAUAUUAUCUUCAAUUCAAUCUCCUGCCCUCUAGAGCCACGGUAGUGAAACAAGUAAUUAUGGAUAAUUUAAUGUUUAAAAUAUACCAUAUUGAAUACUACACAAUACUAAUAAAGACUGUCAUUGCCUCAAUCAAUAUGAAGAUUUUACUUUGCUUAGGUGGAAAUUAAAUUAAUAAUAUAUAAAGUAGAAUCCACAAUAGUAUAUCCUAGUAUAUCCUAAAACUUUUUGUUUAGUAUACUGCUCAAAACGGUUUAUUUCCUAAAAGCAUGUACUAAUUAUAUAUACAUUCUAAAUGUUUUGUUUUUUCUUUUUUGUUCUUUUGUUUUUUUUUUGUGUUUACAUAAUUCUUUGUUCUAGUUAUUACAUAAAAUUAUAUCGCGUCAUUAAAAUGUUUAUGUAUUAUUAGUAACUCAUAUUGAAUUUAAUUUAACGCUCCUUUAUAUAAAAAAUAUUAAUGCUAUUUUUAGCAUACCUAUGUACAUAUAUAUAGAGGCAGCCUGAACAACAGUCAUGUUCUAUACACUCUAUGAUCCAAUGUCCAAAAUUAUUCUCUUUUUUUCAUCUCUCUUUUGUAAUUAUCAUAAUAUUAAUUAAAUAAUAAUUAAUUAUACUAUUAAUAAGUAUUAAUUUAAUUAUUAAAUAUUCGCAUUUAACAAUUAUGUGGUCGGUGCAUCCAGUUUUAUUAAUAAUAUUAAUUAAAUAUUAUUUAAUUAAAUUUAAUUAAAUAUUAUUUAAUUUAAUUAAUAAUUUUUUCGUUAAUUAAAUAUUAAUUAAUGUUCACAUUCACGAUUUUAUGGUCAGUGCCCCCAAAGUUUUUGUUCUAAUAAACCAACAUACUUAAUAACAACUUCAAGUCAAUUACGCAUUUUUAUUAUUAAACUGUAAUAGUUUUUUUAAGUUAUUAAUAUUGAAAGACACAGAGAUAAGAUGUUUGAACAGGUUUAUCACGUUUCCGGUAUUAUUUGAAUGUAACUGAAUGUAGAAGUAAUCAAUCAAUUUGAACAUAAUGGUUUCAAAUAUUAGAACUACUUACUGUAACUUUAGUACUAAUUGGUACAUUACAUACGCCCCGACACUAUCAAAGCUAUUUUUAAAUUUAUAACAUAACAUAAUACAUUUUAGAAUAUUGGUUAACGUUCAAGGGUCCUCAAUGUAUAGUCUCGCUUGAAAAAAAAAAAAAUUAAAGAUAUUAUUUGCGAUAAACUCUUCAUAUAUUUUAUUUCUAUUUAAUUAUAAAUUAAUAUAAUAAAAAUAUUAAGGAAAAACGUUUAGUUAUUUAAGCAAGUUGUCUAUUUUUGAUAACACUCUGGCCUCAUAUUAUUUUAUUGCUAGCGUUGUUAACUCUUUCUAAUAUUCAUUAUAAACCUUGUGUAUUAAAUAAACAAAGAAAUGUUUGUUCAUUAAUUUUCAAUAUAAAUAUAAUAUCAUUUCAUUUAUAAAAUAUUUUUGUAGGAGUAUCACCAUCAUUCAUGUUUAGACGAACGUUUCGGUUCUAUGACCAAUUUAAAUUGGUUUAAGUGAAAAUUAAAGUCAAUUUUGCAUCAUAGUCUUAUGCAAGAUAUAGGUGCUGUCUCAAAUUAUCUAAUAUAAAUAUACUGUAGUAGAUACUAGACGUAAUUGCAAAAUAUUUAUAAAAAAAAAAAAGGAAAAACUUUUUAAAAUGCUUACAAUCACUAAGUCAAUAUUUCUCAACUAUUUAAAUGCCUAUCGAGUAUAUAUUGUAAAUAAAAUAAGUUAUAAUUACUGCUAAGUUAAUUAAAACAUAAUAUAUAUAUAUAUAUAUAUAUAUAUAUAUUAAAUACCUUUUUGUCAUUAUGUGUAAGUAGUCUUAUACGAUAUAUUACAAUAUCGACGAAUCUAACUGUACACUUCUGUCAGGACUAGCUUUGCAUAAAUUAAUUCAUUUGAGCCAUUAACUACCCACUGCUGAGCAUAAACCUUCCUCAUAAAGCGAGUUUUGCUAACAGUUGCUAAAAUAGGUGGGUUGGCAACCGCAGUUAGGCUUUUACAGAAGUUUUAACAUGAACGAUGUUGUCCAUCCCUCUACCAAAUGAAUAAAUAUUUAUUUUGAAUCGUGACAAAAAUGAAGUACAGUUCAGUAAAAAUAUUGGUGUUGUUUUAGAUAUACAUAUAGAUAUAUAUAUGUAUUAGAUACUAUAAUAAUAUACAUAUUUUAUAAAUUUAAGUAAAUAUAAAUUGGGUGUGCAUUUCAAUGUUUCGAUGUUAAUUGUAUUCUGAAAAAUUUACAAAUAAGAUUAAUUUAAUUAAACUUUAAUUAUAAAUUCGUAACUAAUUUGAAAAGGUUGUAGGUCUAAGUUAAUCUAUUUGCAUAAUUUCCUUCCAAAUUUAUUACAUGGAAGGGUAAACUCUUAAUUUUUUUUCUCAAAAUUUUAAAUGAUACUAGUUAUUAUUAUUGGCACUCGUUUCCCUCCCCAUACUGUAAAAUUCUUAUGUAAAUUAUUAGGUAAACCGUUGAAAUCGAAAUAUUCUUCGAGUCAAAUUAUUUACUCUCAAAAAAAUGUUUGUAAUCUAUCAAAGACAGUCUGUCGAAUUCAUAGUACAUAAAUACCUGAAUGAUGUAACUCCAGACGUGUGAUAGCUGCGCUGAUAAUUGUUUUGUGGUCGUUUAACAUUCACAGUUUAAAACUGUCUUACUAGAUGGCAUUGGAGUCGUUAUAACUCUAAGCCAUGUUUUACAGUUUAUGCAAUUGUAGUUCAUUAAAAUUUAAGAACUUAUAGGAGAGAGGAAGUUAUUGGAAACAAUUUAAAACAAACUAACUUCAAUACUGGCCGAAUGGCAUAUACAUUCAAUGCUUUACAUUCGGAAAUGUUACAAACGAAAAAAGCGAAAGGCACGUAAUAAAACCACCCACUUCACACUAAAAUUAUCUUGAAAUUGUCAAGAACAAUCUGACAAAACAUUAAGGUUUGCAAGUUCUUGCAAGUGACUUUACAAGUGUUUGGUUGUUAUCAUUAUUGCCAAUUUUUGUUUACAACAAGUUGAUAUUGUAAUGAUCAGUAACGUCAGUGUUACAAAAUAUUGGUUUGCAAGUUCUUGCAAGUGACUUUACAAGUAAGUUUUGGUUAUUAUCAUUAUUGUCGAUAUUUGUUUACAAUAAAUUAAUGUUGGAAUUAUCAGUAAAAUCAGUGUUACAAAUUAUUGGUUUGCAAGUUCUUGCAAGUGACUACAAGUGUUUGGUUAUUAUCAUUAUUUUCUAUAUUUAUUUACAAUAAAUUGAUGUUGGAAUUAUCAGUAACAUCAGUGUUACAAAAUAUUGGUUUGCAAAUUUUUGCAAGUGACUUUACAAGUUUAUGAUUAUUAUCGUUAUUGCCAUUUUUUGUUUGCAAUAAAAUGAUCUUGAAAUUAUCAGUAACGUCAGUGUUACAAAAUAUUGGUUUGCAAGUCCUUGCAAUGGACUUUACAGGUGUAUGAAUAUUAUUAAUAUUGCCAAUUUUUAUUUACGACCAUUUUGUUGCCGUCCAUCUUCUAAGAGAGCCCCAUAUGGGAUAUUUUCAUAAUAUGAAUAUAUUUUGGGUGCUUUUUUGUGCUAUAUUGUUAUGUAGUUGUGAAUAUACAUAUGCAGUCUUGAUGUAUACAUACAUACACACAAAGUUCAAGAAAAUAUCCUUAUAUUUUUAAAAUGGUUUCUAUUAUCCUAUAGACAAUUAGGUAUUAAAACCCUUGUAAUAAUUACGCACUCUGCUUGCCAUUAUACAAACGACAUUAUCUGUUUCUGUUAUUUUUUUUAACUGAUAUUUUUAUUAUGUGAAACUCUGUAUGUAUGUAUGUAUGCAAAUAAGAUUUCUGAAUAUUCUUAAGUCACAAAAUCAUAUUUUUAAUAUGAUACUAUAGAUGUAUAGGUUAUUUACAUUGUGUAAAUAAGGAACAAUUUAUGUAUUAAGAUCGGUAGAUUUAUUAGUACAGAGAAGGACUUAGCGCCACUUAUAUAACUGCUAAGGUGAUGAUUGUAUUAUUCCUAAUUAUUGGAGCCAUAGAUAAAUGUUUUAUCUACUUAAAAUUGAAUGCGUAAUGUAUUAAUUUAAAAAUGCGGUCAGCAUCCAUAACAUUAUUAAACCGUAUAUUUACAUCAACAGAUAAUAAAAGUCUAUAACCUUAAAAAUCAAUUUGGGAUGAUUCUUUUGUCAACUCAGUGACGGGAAGGCCUUCUCUCGUCUUUCAAUAUUGCAUUUGAGGUUUUACCCCCCUUAUCUCACAGUGCAAUAUUUACUUUAUAAUCUAUAAGCUUAGCUUUUAUAUAAAAGUGAGCGUAAUUGUUUCAAGUAGCACAAAAUUUGGUCCCACCGCCGGAUAAACGUUUGUCUUUGUAUAUACGUAUCAAGCAAUACCUAAUGAUUGUGUAAGUCAAAUUCAUUUAGGUAGUUUGGUAGUGUUUUGUUACAUUUACUUUGAUCCAUCAUUGUACUUCAGUUUUUACCCAAAAAGUUAUAAUUGCAUUAUUCUCUUGUACUUACAUUUUUAAUACAAUCUCAAUUUUGUCCUAUUAAGAUAAACAAGUCACAAAUUUUGUAAAAUUGUGUCAAUUAUACUCCCGGAUGUAGGAAAAUAUGUUGUUUUUUCUAUUAUUAUUGAUAUUAAUAAUGAUUCCCUUGAAAUAUGAGACACAAGAUGUUGCAUAUAAAACAGUAUAAAUACAUGUUGUAUCUGGAUUUCUUUUCUAUAAAUAAAGCUGCUGUAAAUAAAAAUUUAGGUAAACUA